AUGGAACAGACGACGGCAUACGUAUCCGCAUGGCUGACACGUACUACGCUAUCGUGGGAGGACCGCGGGCUACCGCGGAUCGACACGUUGUCGUUCGUUCUCGGAGCGGUCGCAGCGCUCAUGCUCUCUUUCCUUGAACCGGUGCUCAAGGCCCUCAUUGGCGGACUACUGGUCAGUCUUCUGACGCUGUUGAAGUACGCCAUUUGUACCGGAGGCGUUGUGGCGUGUUGGAUCAUAUUAAAGUCUAAAAAAGGGACCGUUUCUGAGUCCCGCGCCAAAUCAAUUGGUGAAAGUACGGAUCAAGAUGCCCGAAAACAGUUUAUGCAGCGAGCGACACCUGCCACUGCCGACAACUACGAAAUUGUUGACUACCAAAAUGUCAAGAAACAUCAUUCACCUCUGACGAAGCCGGUUCACAUCAAAUCACCGUAUGAACAAUUCGUGAGCCAGGCUAGAACCAGUUAG